CCUAGCACUCUGCUGCAACACGGCGCUUCAACAGCCCUUCUCCGCUCUAGUGCGCUGAAUUAACGGGAUUUUCGUGGAUUUUGGGGCUAAAAGCGCAUGUUUGCUAGUACACUGUGUGAAGAGAAGAUGCCUGAUGCGUAUUGUUUUUGAGAACGUUACCACGAUGCAGAGCCCAGGGACACCCCGGCUGCACUGAGACUGGCGCGGAAUUAAAAAGGUGUAACUACAGGCAGCACACACAGGAGUGCACCACAAACAGAGACUUGAUUUUGCUCUCAGCAUGGCUGUAAACAUGAUGCCAGGUCCUGCCAUUUGGCCAGGGGAGGAUCAGCCAUCUCUGCUGGACCAGGACGGCUCACUGUCGAGCCAAGCCCCCACCUCGGUGCAGUGCCAACCAGUCAGAGGUGACCAGCUCAUCAACAGCAGUCCAGCCAACACGAGACCCCCUCGCAGCAAAUCCAAAGGAGAGCUAGUGAUAGUGAUCAAUGAGAAGCUGAAGAACAGUAACGGGAUCCAUCAAACACCUGCAGAGAGCACCUCUCCAGUCAUCUCCUCCCCUCCCAGGAGGCAGCACUCCAUCUCCUACCCUCAUCAUGGCAAGACUAGGAAGGGGAGCAGGGCCAGCUCCAUCGGCUACACCGCCUUCUCGCCCAGGCCGUCGCUCUCUCGCCACUCCAGCAUCGCUACGAACCCACCUCUAGACCGCACUAAAGUCAAAGACUACCUCCUCCUCUCCGUGCUGGCCUGCUUCUGCCCUGUAUGGCCCAUCAACAUCGUGGGAUUUGUCUACUCCAUCAUGUCCAAGAACAGUCUGGAGCAGGGGAACCUCGACGGAGCCGUACGUCUCGGAAGGGUGGCUAAGAUGCUCUCCAUGGUGUCUCUAGUAGGAGGGACGGUCAUUAUCAUCGCCUGCAUUGUCAACCUGGCCAUAAAUGUGAAAACCUGAGUUUCAUCCCAGGGUGAAACUGGAUAAGGCUGAAAAGUGACCGUCUGGCCUGCACCUGCACCACCGUCUUUACCGCCUAGUCAUUACCUGGAUGUGUGACAAAUAUGCACCCGAUAUUCAGUGCUUACUUAUAUUUCUGUAAUCUAUAUCAAAUCCCUUUUUGCUAAUGGAGGAAAAUAAAUAUGCAAAUUCUGCUGCUCUGAGUCGGGUUGGGGGAGGGGGUUGUCCGUCUGGUGUUAGGUGGAGGAAGGAAUCUAAUCAGUCCCUUGGUAUUCUGGUCAACACAUUCAGAGUGAUUCUCGAGAAAGACAGAAAAAAAAGACACUGAGAAUCCUUUCAUCACCUGCAGAAGUGAUUCACACAGAGCUGGGAAAAGAGAAACCAAUGGAGGUGGUUACAGAUCGUACAAAAAAAGAAGAAAAAAAAACACGCAGGAUGGCCUCCCCAGCUUCAGCUCCACAUAAAGUACCAACAAAAUGUCCGGACCCAUCCGAGCGCCAGCUUCCUGUUAAAUCCCCUCAGAUACAUGAAGAGCCUCUGGGGUCACAGAAAAGAAAUCAUCCCUCACACGGAGACAAAAACACUUUGAAUCACUAUUUGUGGUCCUGUUUCAGACUCUUUUCUCUGAUUUCCAUGUCAUCUUGUGUUUGAGACCAAGCGUACGGGUGGUGAAAGAGCAGGAAAAAGAAGCUUACCAAGGACAAGCUGUGGGUGCUAAAACAGAAGAGAUUAUGGAGAGUCUUGCACACGUCACAGUCAUCACUACAAGGGAAAAAAUGUGCCAAAAAAAGAAUAGAAAAGGAAAUGUUCUUGCUUUGUAAAGACCGAAGUCUGAUCACAGAAUCGCUGUUGUAGAGAGGAACAUUAAAAGUGUUUUUACUCUGCUGCACCUUUUACUUUCUAUCUGACCACUGUGAGCCAGGAGGGGAAGGUACAUGUUCACAAGAACCCCACUGUAGCAAGGAAAACCAUUACGUAAUGUCAUAUAUCACCUUUUGAUAAUGUUUGUAAAACAUUUUGAAACUAGGAAAAGAUUACGUAACAUGAUGCUUUGAGGAGCCAAGCCGCAGAUGACAAGUGGCGGUAGCAUUGUAUGCACAUGGACGUCGUGUUUGGUUAACAAAUUAAAUAGCUUGUGAUUGCAGACAGAUUUGAGCUUGUGCUUUUAAAGCAGACAGACUGUGGUAUUUUCCCUCUAAGAACCCUAUAAAAAACACUUUAAAUAUGCCCAACAAACAGGAUGCCCUCUUUACAAAAUGAAUUCUUAGCUGAAUUGGUUCAUAACUAAUGAUCAGUUCCCUUUGUAUCCUGAACUAACCUCUAAUUUCUAUCGACCUGUCAUUCUCACUGUGAUCUGAAACAUAAAAAUUGAUAAACUGCUCUUUAUUUGCUUUAUACUGGAUUUGAAAUCAUGUACAGAAACGCCACAACCUCAAAACUUGUGACAACUGCAGACAAUUUUUGUAAGGAUUAAUAUGGCCUAUUUUCCCUCUGUUGAUACUUCGUAUGUACACUUUAUUGUAAUCAACAUUUGAUGUAUUCUGCAGAUAGAAAUCUUAUUAUCGUGGUAACUCUAGAGUUGAUAUGAGUUAGCAUUAUGUAGUUUUAUCUAAUGUAGGCACAGAAGCUGUCCUUUAGACAGACAUUGUAUUACCAGCGGGCUUCUAUAAUCUUUGUGGUUAUUGGCAUGUUGUGGAUUUUUAUUCAUGUAAAAUGAUGGAAGUUGAAAAUGACAAAGAUAAGCUGGCACUUGGAAUCUUCUAUUUAUGCAGCACAUUCAUAAU